UGACACAAAAAGUUAAUAUAACCGUUGAUUUUUUCUCAAGUCUCUUCUUCACCUUCUUUUUGCUUGGGAGCAAAAAUCAUAUGACAAUAAUUUUUCCUUGCUAAUGUUCAAACCAGCACCGAAGAAGCUUCAAAAAUCACUCCAUGCCGUUUUCGAAAAUGCAGAGGAUUAUCUAGCUGAUGUGUGCUUUGAUUUUCAGGACCGUCAACGAUGGGCCCACAAAGGAAUCUUAUUGGCACGGAUACCCCAGAGCUUUCGUGAUAAAUACCUACCGCAACUCGUCAACGAACUCGGCACAAUUCACCUUGAUAUCAGUUCUAUCAUAUCUUAUCCUUUAUUUGUAUCUUUACUCCGAUUUUGGUAUACUGCCGAUUUGGAUAAUGUUAGUGUCACGUCGCCUCCAAUACCAAUCCAUUCCACCCGUAACGAUGCAUCGUCUGGUCAUGAUGAACUAGCAUUGGCAACGCUGUCGCUUGAAUCGACUGCCGCUGCUGAGACAGUUACCUCGACGACCAAUGUCUUGAAUGACAUUCUGGCUCUUGAGGAAAAGCUGCAGGUAUCGCUAUUGCCCAAGACGGAGAAUCAGACGCAACAAUUGAUGGAUGAUCUGGAACGUAUGCGCACCGAUCGCUUGGGAACGGAUGUCAUUUUAAAGAUAUUUGAAGCGCCUGGAAAACACUCAUCAAACCAACGCCGUUCUUCGACGCCUGCCAGCGAACGAUCCGUCUCAUUUCACGCCCAUCGUUUUAUUCUCGCUUCCCAGUCAUCUUAUUUUCAAAGCAUAUUCAACACCCAUUUCCACGAUCCUUCUUGUUCCACGGUCCACUUGCCAAGCGAUUUAUUUUCAUCGGCAGCAUUGGAAAUUAUCCUUCACUACUUUUAUACGGACGUAUUGCUGUUGCCGCCAUUAACCGAUUCAGCCAAGCCCUUUUCGUUAAAACAUCAACCCCAGCUCACGCAUAAGAAGCAUUACCUCCGUAUUCUUCAAAAAACGUUCCGAGCGGCCGAGUACCUUGGCCAUGUCGACACAAUUUGUUCUGAAGUGUUGCAUGAAAUGGCCAUUCUGUGUCAUCAGUUCAAGUGUGUCUGUUCUGACUGCGUUACUUUAUUACCGUUCAUGUUGUCUUUUGCCGACAAGUAUGCUUUUGCUUCUCAUCCGUCUCUACGUGCUGUUUUACUCGGACUCUACGCGGAUCCUAUUCAAACGUUUACUGCUUUGUGGUCUCAAAAACCGUUUGCUAUUCUGGUCCAGUCAAUGACGGGAAAACCCGGAUCUCGAUCGAUUUCCUGCUUGCAAUCUCCGUCUGUCACUGUGUCCACAUCGAACGAAUCCUCUUCCGAGAUCUCCGUGUCAACCGAACCUGCAACACUCAUUGAUCAAUUGAUGAUACAAACACGCGCCAACAUUACCAAACACAACGCGAUUCACGUCUUACAUUCCAUUCACUUGUGUAUUUCAAAAAUUCGGAGCAUUGAUCCUUUGCGAACAUGGUCAGCCGCUUCCUUGGAUCUGAUACAGGUGCUGUUACAUCAUGCCAUAGCUCUGGUGUCCUUGCAUUUCGAUUACUAUUGCGUUGAAUAUCCCAUCCUCUUAUCAUGCGUUGACGGCAUUGGGUUUGGAUUCUCGGUCGAUUUUCUUGCAUUUUUAUUAAAGUAUAUUCUCGACGAAGGAAUCAACGAUCGGAAUGCUGGAAUCCUGUACCAAGGGAUUGUUCGUGAUUUGGGUGGUCGCCAAGAAGUUGUCAAAAACGUUGCUGUAGAUGGUGUGUUGAUCGAGGCUCGGGCUCGUUGUGCCGCUUAUCUGUCUGAACGGUGGAUGGGUGUCAAAGAACAAGGAGGAUUUGAGACACUCGAUAAGGACGUGCUCCGCUCAAUGUCAGAGGACAUCAAUGUGCCGUAUCGAACCCUCGCCAAAUCGUCCGAUUACGAAUUUUCAAUCUUGUCCAGUCUCAAGUUGAAACCAUCGAAAGCGCAAGGAAAAUCAAAACUAUCGGAGGACCUUGCAAGACCGAACAAAGAUGCGACAAAUCUCGGAACAACCUCGUCCAGCUUUUCAUUCCAGCGGCCUCGUGGAAAAACGCAAAAUAAGAGUGACUCGGUUCUCGCUACAAUAAGCAACAGCAGCAGCAAAACGGAACAUCGUCGAUCUUUGGAUAUCCCGCUUUCAUCAAACGAACUGGACCGAGAGACUAACGAAGAGAAAAGUAACGUUACCAACGAGAUCGACGAGAAACAUCAAUCAUCGCACGCCGAGAGGACAAAGCUACCCAUCAGGAAUGCCACUCAAUCACAACCUCUUAUAUCCCAUCGUUCUUCGUCCUCCCUUACCGACGCACUACUUCCCCUAGAUCCUUUAACAGGGCCCGACGAUGCACCACGGGUAUCCCGGUUACGGUUUGAACUGCCUACCACUCCAUUGCGAGCGAAAUCCCCAGGUUUAAGCAAGCACAAACGUGCCCGGUCUCCGCGGCGAUCCAGAUGGAGUUUUGCAGGAUAUACAAGCGACAGCACCAGUGAUGAUGAACAGACGACGGUACUUCCAGUAAUAGGAACCAAGGUGGAGCUUCUGCGACGCCCACUUCCAACCUUGGGAACCAUCAAAUACAUUGGUUCCGUGGAAUUUGCAAAGGGAACAUGGGUUGGCAUAGAACUGGAAAGUCGACGUAAGUCCAUACUAAACUUUCUUUCUUAUACUUUUUCCUCUUACUGAUUCGAAAUUAUUCUAGUUGGGACAUCGGAUGGUGCUGUU